CCCCAUCAUCCGCAGGGGGUUGCCAUGUAUUCAAAUCCUUCUUAACCUUCAUCGCCAGGUUCCUCCAAAAAGUCUUCCCCAAACCCUCGCGAAGCCACAGGCAUAUGCCCUCGGGACCUCCGAAACACCUGUUGGCUUGAGUCAGUACCAGCCCUCCGAGUCUAUACAAGCCACACGUCGGUACUUGACGGAUGUUUUCCUUGUGUGCAACUGUCACAACGAUCACGUGCACGGAGCUCAGGCGCUCUCGCUUGCACGCAUUUCAUUUCACAUCCGCAGCCACGACUCAGUUGACAACCCCGAAAGACGUCGAGCGCACGUCAAUUUUACAGAUGAGAAAUGACCUUCGGGCGGAGAUCGACGAUAAGAAAAAUCUGAUGAUAGCUUCCCUGCGGAUUUUGAAACGCCUCUAACCAUUGGUCAAGAACACUGCAUGCUAAAGAAACAGGAGACACCAUUGGCUAGAGUUACUCCUAGAAUGUGUAGUCUCGGGUUGCCUUGGUGACGGGGAGGUUGGUGACGCCAGAGUCAGUCCCGGGAGACCUACGAGGUACAUAGACGAACAUAUAGUAGAGUUUCUCAUGAAACAAGUGGAAUUUAUCAAGAAAACUUUGCUAAGAUGAACAGCUCAACACAGAAAAAACUAUCUUCCAGAAAUGCCAGAAAACUAUUCAAAGGUUUCACGGCUGCAUACCCAACACGCUCCUCCAUUCCUUCGAAAUAUAUUCAGUUUGUAAUUCCAGAGCCAGAAAAAAAAGGAUUUAAUAGUCAAUCCAAGCGAUUUCAUAAGAAACUGGAUGAGACUCCUGGUCCUGGGUUCUACAACAUCAUUCACCAGUCUCCAGUGUUCAACAGUGUCUCGUUGUCUAAGAAAGGAACGUGUGCUUUCCCUUCUCUGUGUGCCAGGAUGAACACCAUAAUUUCUAAAUACCCUGCUGCCAAUACAUACACUAUUCCAUCAGAUUUUGUUUCAAAGAAAGAUUUCAGUACUACCUGUUCCAGCAUGUUCCAGUUGCCAGGCUCUAGAAGAGUUCCCAGAUUUGAAACUCCUGCACCAAACCGUUACAAUACCUCCAUCACUAUUUGUAAGCAGAACAACAAUGUCUGUGCCCGAGCUGGGUUUAUGUCAAAAACGAAAAGAGAAUUUUUCAGGAGUCCUGGAUCAGGACCUGCCCCAGGGCAAUAUGACAUCAAUGAAUCUCUGGUGAAGCAGUCACCGAAGAUGUUAAUAUCUUGCUUUAAAUCUAAGACUGACCGUGGACUUAAAAUUAUGACUGCAGGCCCAGGACCCGGUUAUUACAACCCAAAUGAUCACAUCAAAGUUCCAAGAAAGGCUCUUAUCCCGAGAAACCCCACCCUGAACUUCUCUGCGCAGCCUCUGCCUCUGCCCCCGAAGCAGCCUUUCCCUGGCCCUGGGCAGUACGAGAUCGUGGAUUAUGAGGGGCCCCCAAAGCAUUUCAUCUCCAGCGCCUCAUUUGUGUCUACCACUGAACGGUGGACUGCGGCGCCAGCAGACACGGGCCUGCCGGGCCCAGCCACCUACAGGCCAGAAUUCCCAGGAAAGCAGUCCUUUCUCUACAACGAGGACAACAAAUGGAUCCCUGUGCUGUGAUGACUUUACCCCAGCUUCAGG